AUGACAGAGCCAUCGUUUUAUAUAGUCCAGUCUAUAUUGGCAAACAUUUAUUUUCUCUCUUCUACAAUAAUGUUAGUCUCUUUACCACAGAGAUUACUACAAAGAAUUUUUCAUCCAUUGCCAUUGGUUUGCUUCCUAUCAGUUUUAUUUUCAAUUUGGUCAACUUAUUCAACAAUUGCUAAUGAUAUUUACAUAUAUAAUAUUGAGCUUAAUCCUACAACAACAAUAUCAUCAAAGCCUUCAACGACACACUCUUCCCUGCUCACUUCCGUCUCUGUCACAGCUAAAACAAACACACUUACUAAUAUUCUAACUACGGCAACUACAACUACAACUACAACUACAACUACACCAACUAUAAAUACCUCCAAUUUCAAUAAAAUAAUUGACCAAUUUUUAACAAAUAAAACGAAUAUUGUAGCCAACUCCACAAAGGAAAAAAUUUCAACUAAAAUUAUACCCUAUAUCCAAAAUAAAUUUAAUAAUUGGCAAAAUUCAAUAAUAAAUUCACAAAAUUUAGCAAAUCUAACAUUAUCAACAUUACAAAAUAGUAUAAUGAACGAUUUACUUCAAUAUUCUUUAAGAUUAAAUAAUACUAUCGACGAUCUAUCAAAUUCAGGAUUUGUAGUCAAUGAGGAAAGUUUUACUUUAUCAAAUUUAACAAUCCCCAUUGAUAAUUUCCAAACGAUUUUCCAAAAUUAUGCAAACAAUAUGAACAUGUCAAUGACAUUUUGGUCAAAACAAAAUCUUACCUUUAAUAAUACAAGCUUAAAUGUCUUUAAAAUUGAUAAUGUAUUAAAUUCCACCUUUAUUAAUAAAUUCAAAUUCAGUUUACAAAACUUUGCCUCUCCCUCUUCUUCUCCCUCUAAUCAAAGCAAUAGCACAAAUCGCUUAACUAAAAGAUUCGAUACUUCACCGGAAAACAAUGUGAAUUUAACCACAAAUAAACUCUUACGUCGGUGUAAGGUAUUGACAGGAAUAUUUUCGAUCCCUUUCAUAAUUUCUUUAAUAUGCUCCCUUGGAUAUGAGUGGAUCAAGUAUAGAAUAGAACAAAGGCAAUUAAACAUAUACAUUGCAACAAUAUUGAAUAUAUUCAUUGAAUCUAAAGUCAUAGAACCAAAUUUUGCUUCUUCUUCUUCUUCUUCUUCUUCUUCUUCUUCUUCUUCUUCUUCGAUAGAUAGUGAAGAUAAACUUGAAAAUAAAGAGCAUAACUCCAGUUCCUUAUCCAUGGCUACACAAUUGGAAAUUAGACAAUUAAUACAAGAAUCAAUAAAUUCAUUCAAUAAUAUUUUUAUAUACUUAUUAGGAUAUUAUGAAGAAUUAUAUUUCCAUUAUUCAAUUGAUAUCACGAGAUUGAAGACAAUUAAUUGGUGGAUCUUUACGAACGGGAAAUAUUUAUGGACAAUCCUUAUAAUGUUCAUAAUCAAUUCACAAAUUGUCUUUUCACUCCUUAGAUUAGAUAAUGCUAUCAUCAUAAAGGGGGUUCAAACUUUCUCAGAUUCAAAGCUUAAUAUGGAGAAGAGGCUAGUUCCAAUAUUCAAAAGAUCAUUAGAUAACAAUACAACUAAUCCUACUCUCAUCAAUAGUUUUCAAUGGGGAAACAUUUCUCAAACAGCAAAUACAUUUGAAAGCGAAUUUUAUAAUGAUUUGAAUAAUACCAUAUAUAGGAAAUUAUGGUUCACCACGAAAGAUGAAAACGACACAGAUGUUCGCGGAAUUUUGACUCAAUUAAUUGAUGACGUAAAUGCACAAGUUAUCAUCAUGGAAGAAAAUUUUUCCAAUACAGUACCUACUGAAAUGUCUAUUCCCAUUUGGAGUAAUAUUACCAAGGAAGAAAUCUCCACAUUGUUAAUAUAUGAAGAUAAAUUGGAUGACAGUAUCAAUUCCCAAUUAAGCUAUCAACUAUUCCAAUCGUCACUUUUCUCGCAACAACAACAACAACAGUUGAUAAAAAGAGACACAAACAAACAAGCUGAAACGAUAGUAUACGAUAGUAACAGCAAAAAGGCCAUCAACCCAUCACAAAAUCUAUUGAAAUAUGGAUCCAUUGGACUCGUUUUAUUAAUAACAUUGCAUCACUUCUUGGGAACCCUAACGGUCCUCCAUCUAUAG